AUGGAUUUCGCUGCUGUUUCUUUUGUGCUCGAAACAAUCGGUGAGCUAAGUCAACAAGUAAAAUCCCUGUUGGGUGUCGAAGAUCAAGUUGAGAGCUUGGAAAGGGAGCAGAGAUGGAUGCAAGGCUUCUUAAAUGUGGCUGAUGCAAGAAAAGUCGAUAACAAAGUUAUACGUACCAGUGUUGCCGAGAUCAGAGAAUUAGCCUAUGAUGUUGAAGAUGUGAUCGAAACGUUUACCCUCAAAGUUGCUUCUGAAAGGAAAUCUGGUUUUUCAAACAGCGUCAGAAGAUCCAUUUGUUUCUUCAAGGAAGGUCGCUUGCUCCACAUGAUCAGAUCAGAGAUAAAGAAGAUCCGGUACAGAAUCGAAGAAUUGACUCGACGCUUAAAGACGUAUGAUGUAGCAAUGUUGGUGGAUCAAGGAGAAGGGCCGAGUUCUUCAGCUGAAAGGAGAGAAGCAAGGCAACCUUUCCCUCAUAAAAUGGAUGAAAACAUUGUUGGAAUGGAUGGUGAUAUCAAGAAACUUGUCUCGGUUCUUGUGGAGGAGGAAAGUGAAUGCAGAUUUGUUUCAAUAUGGGGAAUGGGUGGUCUCAGGAAGACAACUCUUGCCAAGAAAAUAUAUCAUCACAACCAAGUGAUUGGCCAUUUCAAUCACUUGGUUUGGGUAUAUGUUUCUCAGCAGUUCCAAAGAAGAAAAGUUUGGGAAACAGUUCUAUCUGGUUUGGAGAAUUUAAAUGAAGAUGAUAGGAAGAAGAGGGAUGAAGAAUUAGCAGAGAAGUUGUACAACUUUUUGAAGGAUGAAAAAUGUCUGGUGAUAUUUGAUGAUAUCUCUAGCACUAAGGAUUGGGAUAGUCUAGAACCUGCAUUUCCAGUUGAAAUGAGUAGAAAGAUUUUGAUCACCUCCCGAAAUAAGUCCUUUCGCAUGCAACCGAAAAGGAUGUUGCGGAAGACGGCGCUUUGA